AUGUAUAAAUACACACACAGAGACUAUAUUAUUGUUACAACUACAAUAUCGGUGUCAACUACUACACCACAAGAAACAACUACACUACUACUAACUACUACACAAUUAGGGUCAACUACACCAUCAGUGUCAACUACUACAUCACCAGAGACUACACUAUUGGUGCUAAUUACUACACCAUCAGAGACGACUACACCAACAGUGUCAACUACACCAACACCUACACCUACACCAUCGGUGUCAACUACUACAAUAACAGAAACAACUACACUAUUAGUGCCAACUUCUGCCACAGCGGUGUCAACUACCACACCACCAGAAACAACUACAGCAUUAGUGCCAAUUACUACACCAUCGGUGUCAACUACACCACCAGAAACAACUACACUAUUGGUACCAACUACUAUUCCAUUGGUGUCAACUGCACUACCAGAAAUAACUACACUAUUGGUGCCAACUACUACUCCAUCGGUGUCAGCUACUACGCCAACAGGUACAACUACACCAUCGGUGUCAACUACUAUUCCACCAGAAACAUCUACACUAUUGGUGCCAAAUACUACAACACCAUCAAACACGUCUGUGCCAGCAGUGUCAACUACACCAACAGGUACAACUACAACAUCGGUGUCAACUACACCGCCAGAAACUACACUAUUGGUGCCAACUACUAUUCCAUCAAUGUCAACUAAUACACUACCAGAAACAACAGCACUAUUGGUGCCAACUACUACACCAGCAGUGUCAACACCACCACCAAUGACGACUAAACCAGUAGUGUCUACUACACCAACAGGUACAACUACACCAUCGGUGUCAACUACUAUUCCACCAGAAACAUCUACACUAUUGGUGCCAACUACCACAACACCAUCAAAGACGACUGCACCAGCAGUGCCAACUACACCAACAGGUACAAAUACACCGCUAGAAACUACUAUUCCAUCAGUGUCAACUAAUACACUACCAGAAACAACUACACUAUUGGUGCCAACAACUGUAUCAUCGGCGUCAACUACUACACCAACAGGUACAACUACACCAUCGGUGUCAACUACUAUUCCACCAGAAACAUCUACACUAUUGGUGCCAACUACUUCACCAGCGGUGUCAAGUACACCAUCAAAGUCGACUACACAAGCAGUGUCAACUACUACACCAACAGGUACAACUACACCAUCGGUGUCAACUACUAUAUUGCCAGAAACAACUACACUAUUGGUGCCAACUACUAUUCCAUCGGUGUCAACUACUACAUUGCCAGAAACAACUACACCAUCGGAGUCAACUACUAUUCCACCAGAAACAUCUACACUAUUGGUGCCAACUACUGGACCAACGGUGUCAACUACUAUACUACCAGAAACAACUACACUAUUGGUGUCAACUACUACAACACCAUCAAAUACGACUACACCAACAGGUACAAGUACACCAUCAGUGUCAACUACUACACCAAUAGGUACAACUACACCACCAGAAACAACUACACUAUUGGUGCCAACUACUACACCAUCAAAGUCGACUACACCAGCAGUGUCAACUACUACACCAUCAGGUAAAGCUACACCAACGGUGUCAACUACUACACCAGAAACAACUACAUUAUUGGUGCCAACUGCUACACUACCAGAAACAACUACACUAUUGGUGCCAACUACUCCAUCGGUGUCAACUACAACACCAUCAAAAACGACUACACCAAGAGGUACAACUACACCAUCAGUGUCAACUACUACACCAUCAGAAACAACUACACUAUUGGUACCAACUACUACACCACAAAACACAACUACAUUAUUGGUGCCAAUUACUACACCAACAGGUACAACUCCGCCAUCAGUGUCAACUACUACACCAAUAUGUACAACUACACCACCAGAAACAACUACACUAUUGGUGCCAACUACUACACCAUCAGAGACGACUACACCAACAGUGUCAACUACUACACCAACAUAUACAACUACACCAUCGGUGUCAACUACUAUUCCACCAGAAACAUCUACACUAUUGGUGCCAACUACUACACCAGCGGUGUCAAAUACAACACCAUUAAAGACGACUGCACCAGCAGUGUCAAUAGGUACAACUACACCGCCAGAAGCAACUACACUCUUAGUGCCAACUACUACUCCAACAGUGUCAGAUACUACGCCAGCGAUGUCGAGUACACCAUCAGAGACUACACCAGAAAUGUCAACUACUACACCAACGGUGUCAACUAUUACACCACCAGAAACAAGUACUUCACUAAAAACGACUACACAAGCGUUGUCAUCUACUACGCCAAUAGGUACAACUACAACACCGUUAUCAACUACUACACCAACAGGUACAGCUACACCACCAGAAACAACUACAUCAGUGCAAACUACUACAUCAUCAGAAACAACUACAUCAUCGCUGCUAACUAGUACAUCAGAAACGACUAUACCAGCGGUGGCAACUACUGCACCAACAGAUACAACUACACCAUCGGAGCCUAAAAGUACAUCAGAAGAUACUACAACAUCGGUAUUAAUUACUACAGUACCUAUAACUAUAACAUCGGUAACAACUAUUGCCCCAACAUUAGCAUCAGAAUCAUCUACAUUUGAAAUAUCUACAGCAUCGGUACCAACUACUAUACCGAUAGAAACAACAACAGUAAAGACCAACAUCGGAAUCUACUUUUACACAAGCGGGUACUACUCCAGUGGUAAUAACUACACCUACGGAAACUUCUACAUCAAAUACUGUUCCAGCGGAUACAUCCACCACUGGUCCAUCACUACAGUCUACAGAAAUCCCAACUUCUCCACAAUCACCAACAUCAACGGAAAUCCCAACUUCACCACAAUCACCAACAUCAACAGAAAUCCCAACUUCUCCAGAAUCAUCAACAUCAACAGAAAUCCCAACUUCUCCAGAAUCAUCAACAUCAACAGAAAUCCCAACUUCUCCAGAAUCAUCAACAGAAAUCCCAACUUCAUCACAAUCACCAACAUCAACGGAAAUCCCAACUUCACCAGAAACACCAACAUCAACAGAAAUCCCAACUUCUCCAGAAUCAUCAACAUCAACAGAAAUCCCAACUUCACCACAAUCACCAACAUCAACGGAAAUCCCAACUUCACCACAAUCACCAACAUCAAACAGAAUCCCAACUUCUCCCAGAAUCAUCAACAUCAACGGAAAUCCCAACUUCUCACAGAAAUCCAACUCACAGAAAUCACCAACUUCAUCAACGAAAUCACCGAACAUCAACAGAAAUCCCAACCUUCAUCCAGAAAUCAAACAACAUCAAACAGAAAUCCCAACUUCUUCACAGAAAUCAUCAACAUCUACCACAAAUCCCAACAUUCACCAGAAAUCACAACAUCAACAGGAAAUCCCCAACUUUCUCCACAUCACCAACAUCAACAGGAAAUCCCAACUUCAACAGAAAUCCCAACUUCACCACAAUCACCCAACAUCACGGAAAUCCCAACUUCAACGAAAAUCCCAACUUCUCCACAAUCACCAACAUCAACAUGA